UUCCGGUCCGCCGCUGCCUCCGUGUGGACUGUUUCCGCUCGUUAAACCGGCAGCAGCGGCGUCUUCUCUCCUCAUCCCGGUACUUCCAGUCGGUACCGACAUGUUGCAGCUCGACCUGCUGCGGCUGUUUGUCGACCAGCAGCUCGCCGCCGUCACCGACGACAUUUUCCGCCGUUUCGCCAAAACGAUCGCCGAAUAUGAAAGCGAAGUUUUCCGGUUAAAACAAGAGUCCGACCGACAGCGGAGGCUGCUGCAGGCUGCAGGACUACCGGGUCACGGACCGGAGGACGGACCGGAUCACGGACCGGGUCACGGACCGAAGGACGGACCGGGUCACGGACCGGGUCACGGACCGGAGGACGGACCCGAGGACGGACCGGCUGGUGUUUUUCAGGUUUUCUCAACAGAUGAACAGCAGGUGAGGGGGCGGGGCCUACAUUUGCAUCUUAACCAGGAAGAGGGCGGAGCUUUAGGACCAGAGGAGUCCAUACAGAGUCAUGAAUGGCUGAGGGAGAGUCCUUCGUCCAAUCGGAUCCUGUCCUGCAGGGAGGAGGCGGGGCCUGAACCUACUGUCUACAAGAAGGAAAUGGAUGAGGGUCACAUGAUGCUGGAGGCUGCAGUCAGAGCAGAGAUUAGCUCCCAGCAGGAAGGUGUUCUGCAGGUUUUAACUACAGAAGAAGAACAGGGGGGGCAGCGGAGCGUCAGGCUGCACGUCAAACAGGAGGAGGAGGAGACCGACACCAAGUUCACGCAGAGUCCCGAUUGGCUGAUGAAGAGCGAUCAUGUUCUGUUCCACAGAGGGGAGGACCUUCUCGCCGCCCCCCCAGACAGCCAUCUGAUAAGACCUAAACCUGGAGAGACCAGCGAACCUGCAGACCACAGCAGGGACUCCGUUGUCCAAUCAGAGUCGUCUACUGAAGACAGUGACGACACUCAGUCUGAUCCAGGUCUGCAGAGGACUCAGGGGACUGGGACUCGCCCUCCUGCAGACCAGAAGCUGCUGGUCUGCGGCAGCUGUGGCCGGGAAUUCAGCUCAAAGCGAACUCUGAGGAAACACAUCAGACAAAACACGUCUCAGGACCAGAACCAGAUGUCCUGCAGCCUCCGCAGACCGAGGGCCCCCUUCCAGAAUCCUGCCAAGUCCUUCGGCUGCAGAGUCUGCGGGAGUUCCUUCUACACGCAGGGGAUUUUGGUCCGGCACGCCGAGAUCCACUGCAAGGAGCCCGACAGCCGGUGCGGGGCCUGCGGGGACCAACUGGAGUCUACAGAGGCCCUGAGAGUCCACCUGCGGUCCCACAGAGAGCUGGGUAGCACCUGCGAUGUGUGUGGGAAGAAGAGCAGCUCCAUCAAGAGGAUGGAGAUCCACAAACGGGUCCACACCGGAGAGAAACCGUACCGAUGCAGGUUCUGUAGUCGAGACUUCAGCAGGAAGGAGAGUCUGGAGAGACACAUGAAGGUCCACAGCGGGGACAGGCCGCACUGCUGUGGACUCUGCAGGAAGACCUUCACCAGGAGGGAGUAUUUGGUCCACCACCUGAAGACCGGCCACACAGAGAGACCAGGUCCACCUGCAGGGGCCGAGCCGUUCAACGUGGCGCUCUGAAACCCGUCAGAACAGAAAAUGAGACUGAAAUUCAGCAGCUCGAAAGACUUUCAAGAGCUUCAGGAUCCGAACGUUUCACCGAACGCCACGAAGUUUCUAUGAAGAUUAAAAGGAAAAUCUAAGACUUUUAUAAAUGAAAACCCUUAAUGGAGUUUGGUGUCUGCCGGUUUCUCUUCAGAUCUCAGCAGCUCGUUCACCAAGUCACUGAGUCGAUCAACAGAAAAUGAACGAACAGUUUUGAUGAUCGUUUCCUGUCUGCUGCGGCCCCUCAGGGAACACGUCCCUCAGGUAGUUUGGAUCUUCAGUAAGUCGUAUCCCUGAAUUGUGCUGAGAGAUGGAAGUGAAGUCACCUGACUGGACAGGAAACUCACCUGGUUCAGUUUUUCUUGUGUUUGUCUGAGUGCCUAACAUUUCUCUGAGCCGAUAAGCAUCAUAUUAUCAGUACAUCAUCCGAACGACGGGAUUUUGGUUUUACUUUUAUUAAAAUUCUUUUAAUUUA